AUUUUCCCCGCUGGAGAGAAGGAAGAUCAACACUUCCAAAAACAUCCAAUCAAUCACUUCUUGGUAGUUUGGAGCAGCCCAAACUCACUGUCGAGUGGAAGGUGGAUGGUUGAGACCAAGUGGGUUCUGUUGGGUUCCAGACCCACAAAAUUCAGCGGGCUCGGCGGAGGUACUGUACGGAUUAUGCACCCCGUUUUACCGCGCACCUCGGCCUUCGGAGGAACUGAAAACGCAGCCAUAUGUGACACAGCACUGCCAUUGUCCUUACACAAAGGAUCCUGUGCAAACGUCCGCGAUCAAGCCUAACCUCAUGCCUCAGCCAAAGAGGACCCUCUCCCCCUUAAGGGACAUCAUCCUCGCAGCCUACCGCGAGCAGACCUCUGUUAACGACAUCGUUGCCUUGCUGAAAGACAAAUUCGAUUUAGACAUCACUGAUCGGACUUUGUAUCGCCGCCUCAAGGAGUGGAAUGAACCUCUUCACCAGCAACGUACUGCAGAUACAGGUCAGCUUCGUUCUAUCAUCGAGGAUGAGUUUUACACACGAGGGUCGUCAGAUACCGAAAUCCUACGCUAUGUCCGUUCGCUAGGCUUGCCUCUUUCCAAGGCUGGCUUGGAACGCAUUCGCAAGGACAUGGGGAUUUUUCGUCGACGUACUCCAGCCCAACUUGAAGCACAGCUCCUCCAAGUGGUUGACUUUAUGGAAACACCUUCUCUUUCUUCUAUUCUCAUUCCCCGUCUCGGACGCCGGUCUCUUUGGAAACACGUUCUUCAAGUCGCCCACAUCCCUGUUUCGGAGAGAGCUCUCUACGAAACCUUCAGCCAGCUAUACCCCGAAGAAGUCGCACGACGAUGGCAGCAUAUGCGUGGAAAGCGUGGAGGAUUCACAGUACCUGGGCCCAACUAUACGUGGUCAAUCGAUGCGUACUGCAAACUCCAGGAUUUCGGCUUUGAAGUGUAUGCAGGCAUUGAUGCUUAUUCACGCUACAUUGUCUGGUGCUACGUUGGCAUCUCAGCUCUUACUGCCCGCUCGAUUUUCGCGCAGUACCUUUGGGUCGUUUCCCAGUACGGAUUUCUGCCGAUGGUCAUACGUGCAGAUCGGGGAAAGGAGACAACCAUGGUUGCUGCAGCACACUUUUGGCUCUCCCUCGGGACAACCUCACUUCGCCGACUUCGUCCUCGCCGAAACAGGGAGGGGGGCAUCGACUGGUAUAUGCCAGCGGGUGGUGGUCAGCCAGAUGUUCGGGUUGACCUUGGAGUGAUGGAUCCAGAUGCGCCGCUUUUUGGCCCAGAAAGACCGUUCCAGUUCUCGGACUGUUGGGUCUAUGGCAAGAGUACCAAGAACCAAAGGAUCGAGGCUUGGUGGUCUCAAUUUGCAAGGGGACGGUCGACAUAUUGGGUUGUAAGUUUACCUCAUAUCUGAACCAUUGUUUCCUAUUUACUAACCUGCAAAAUAAUGUCAAUAGGAGUGGUUCAAGCAGCUCCGACAAGAAGAUUUGUGGUCAAGGGAUCGCUUGGCUGAUCGGAUUGCAUUACUCUGGACCUAUAUGCGAGAAUUAUCAAUGGUAACUAAUUCUCUUGCUCUCGAUUGCCCCAGCCUCCUUUCUUA